AUGACAACUACAGACAUUGAAGACUUUGGUUAUAUGACUUCAACAUUAAAAAAAAACAUAACCAACGAUGGCUAUUCAUGGGGUUUUUACUUCCAAGCUACAAUAGCAAUCAAAGGCAAACAUAUGUUCUAUAGCAAGAUCCAAAACAUUAUUGUUAUCAUAAUCCUCUCAAACAAUAAGUUUGAUGGAGAAAUUUCUCAAGUGGUUGGAAACUUGAAGAGGCUUUAUUCUCUUGAUUUAUCUUGCAAUCGUCUCAGUGGUGACAUACCAUCAUCACUGGGAAAUCUAGCAGAGCUCGAGUCCUUAGAUCUUUCCCAAAAUGAGCUUUCAGGGGAGAUCCCUAUUGAAUUGGCCCAACUAUAUUUCCUUCAAUACUUUAAUGUUUCAUACAACCAUCUCUCUGGGACCAUACCACAACAGAACCAAUUAGAUAAAUUUGAGAGAAGUUCCUACGAGGGAAACUUGGGAUUAUGUGGUAUUCCACUGCCAGACUUGUGUGAAAACUCCAAGCCAUUGGAACCACCACUUCCAUCGCCUGAAGAAAAUUCAAGCUCUCCUCUUCAAUUUGGUUGGAAAGUUGUGGCCAUAGGAUAUGGAUGUGGAUUCUUGAUAGGAUUGUUCAUCGGGAAAGUUGUAAUGGAGAAAAAUCCAAACUGGUACUUGCUUGAGUGA